AUGGGGGAGCAGAACCACUCUCCCAGGAAGGAGCUUCAGCACAGGACAUGUGCAGAGGCUCCAGGAAAGAAAAGCUGGCCCCAGGCCUAUGCCCUUGGGGCCGUUUCCAACUCUAUGUCUACUUUUCUGACCUUUCCUAUCUAUAAGGUUGUGUUCUGGCAACAGAUCUAUGCCAUGGCAGUGUCAGAGGCUGUGAGACAGCUUUGGCACGAAGGUCCUCAAUACUUCUACCGGGGAAUCUACCCUCCUCUUCUCUCCAAGACGUUGCAAGGGACUCUUCUGUUUGGGACUUAUGAUAGCCUGCUGUGCUUUCUCUCUCCUGUUGGGCCACACACCCUGGGACACCGCUGGGCUGCAGGGCUCAUGUCUGGCAUGGUGGAGGCUGUGGCACUCAGCCCCUUUGAAAGGGUGCAAAAUGUGCUCCAGGAUGGUCGCAAGCAAGCUCGCUUCCCCAGCACCUUCAGCAUUCUUGAAGAAUUCAAUUCUUAUGGGCUUUGGGGGCGGCUGUCACAGGGCUACUACCAUGGUUUCUGGCCUGUCCUGGCCAGGAACAGCCUGGGGAGUGCUCUAUAUUUUUCUUUCAAGGACCCCAUCCAGGAUGGCCUGGCAGAGCAAGGUCUGCCCCAUUGGGUUCCUGCCUUGGUGUCUGGUAGUGUCAAUGGAACAAUCACCUGCCUAGUUCUGUAUCCUCUGAUUGUGCUGGUUGCUAAUAUGCAGUCCCAUAUUGUAUGGCAGAACAUGCCAAGCCUGUGGGCCUCUGCCCAAGAUGUGUGGAACACUCGGGGUCGAAAGCUGCUCCUGAUCUACCGUGGAGGCUCCCUGGUCAUCCUAAGGUCCAGUGUGACAUGGGGCCUCACUACGGCAAUCCAUGACUUCCUGCAGAGGAAAUCACACUCCAGGAGAGAGCUGAAGACUGACUAG